UAUACGACUCCCUUACUUUUAGGUUCUCAUAUGCACCCACUUUCCCCUCUCACUUUUCUAUGACUUGUUCACAGUUUGGUUCUGAAUUUUCUUCAAUUUCAUAUUUACUAUGACUACUGAUACUUGUAACAAUAUUCCUUCGAUGGACGCUGACCGAAAGAUUGCAAACGCUAUCGGAGGCAAGACGGCUAGAGCUUGCGAUAGCUGUGUGCGUAAAAGGGCACGAUGGUAUUGUGCUGCAGAUGAUGCUUUUCUUUGUCAAGGCUGUGAUUCGAUGGUGCACUCUGCCAACCAGUUGGCUAGCAGGCACGAAAGGGUCAGACUCGGAACUGCUUCAUCUAAGCCCUUAUCCGAGAUGAAAGCGCCAGAAGUACUUGAUCCUGCUCCAGCUUGGCAGUCCGGCUUUACUCGUAAGGCGCGGACACCAAGACACCCCAAGCGCACGCAAAAGGAGAAAGUGAGUAACACAAGUACUUCUCCGCUAGUCCCCGAGAUGGGGAAUGAGGAUUAUAUGUUCGAGGAGACUGAGGCGCAGCUUCUUUAUCGUGUUCCAGUCUUUGAUCCUUUUGCUGCUGAGUUCUGUAAUGCAUCAAACGAAUCUGACAAUAUGAUGGCGGAUUAUGGAGAUGAUAAUUUCAUUCCCGAGAGAGAAAGUCAUGAAGUCUGUGACUUGAAUAAUCUUCCAGUUCUUCUUCCAUCUGAGAUGGAGCUUGCUGAGUUUGCGGUUGAUGUUGAGACAUUACUUGGCACCGGAUUCAACGAGGAGUCCUGUGGAAUAGAAGGACUCGGGUUCAUAGAUUGUAAAGAAGAGAGCGAAUACGGGGACUGUUAUCAAGAAAACAGAGUGAAAGUUGAAGAUGAAGAAGUGCAAGCUGCCAUCAUAGCUUGUCAUUUCGAUCCUGAGUUGGACAUGUCAAAAGAAACCCUGGACUGGAACUUCAGCUAUGAGGACGAAUUAGAGGAGACGAAGCUGGUGGACGAGCCUGAGAUGAUAACCGAGGAAGGGAAAGAAAUCGGUGAGAAGAAGCAACUACUUUUGAGGCUCAACUAUGAAGGAGUCAUUGUUGCCUGGGACAAUCAUGGUUGUCCAUGGACUUCCGGGAUCCGGCCUGAGAUCAACCCUAAUGACUGCUGGCUUGAUAUGUUCCGAGACACGUCUUCGGGUCAAGUUGCAUAUGGAGGCUCCGUGGAGGGAGUCAUGGGAGGGAGUGAUGGUGGGAGAGAAGCAAGAGUAUCAAGGUACAGAGAGAAGAGAAGAACAAGAUUGUUCUCAAAGAAGAUCAGAUAUGAAGUCCGAAAACUAAAUGCAGAGAAAAGGCCUAGAAUAAAAGGCCGUUUCGUUAAAAGAAUUUCCUUCGCAGGAGAAUCUACAUACCAUACUUAACCAGUUUUCUCAUUUUCUCGCAAAAACUGGAAAUAGGCUAAUUUAGGUUUGUGUUGGCUAGCCAUUUAUAGAACUAAAUAUGGCCUCAACUCAUGUGUAUAUUAUUGCAUUCAGGCUUCAGCUAUAUGGCCGAUUAGCUAGGGUUUGUGUAUAAGUCUUUGUGAGACAAUAAGGCCGCAAUCACAUCUGUGUAAACUAUAUUAAUACAAUAAAUUGAUUAACUUUGACCUCUGUUA